GCUGCCUUGUAAAAUUCCAAUGGCUUUCGAGUAGGACAACACAGUAUCUCAGUGAUUUUUGAUCAAUUUCGUAGCAGUUGUAAGGCAAAGCCAAAGUGAAAAAUAUAUCAAAAAAAAUGAAACCCUUCAACACCUCCUGGGCCGAUGAGGUGGAGGCGGACUAUGUGGGAGGACUGCCGCCUUCCAAUGAGUACAUCGAGGGCGACUAUAAGUACGUGACGGAGUACAAGUUCAACGAGGACGGGAAGAAGGUGAAGGUGGUGCGCACCUUUAAGAUCGAGAAGCAAAUUGUCCCGAAGGCGGUGGCCCGUCGUCGCAGCUGGGUGAAGUUCGGGGAUUCCCGCUUGGACAAGCCCGGGCCCAAUUCCCAUACGACCAUGGCCUCGGAGGAGAUAUUUAUGCAGUUCAUCGGUUCCAAGGAGUUCGACCAAAGUCACGAAACUCAGUUGGAUGCCGGCAAGAACAUCGCCAAGUGCCGCAUUUGCAAUGGCGAGCACUGGAGUGUCAACUGUCCCUACAAGGGCACCUCCAUGGACAGCAAGACCCUGAUGGAGAGCAAGGCCAAUGCCGCAGCCGCCGCUGCCAUAAGCGAUCCUGGGAAGACCGGCAAAUACGUACCGCCAUUCAUGAAGGAUGGCGGGGGGCGGGGGCGGGGUCAGUGGCAAGGGUGGGGUCGCGAGCGGGACGAUUCGUCGGCGGUUCGCAUUUCAAACUUAUCCGAGUCCAUGACCGAGGCUGAUCUCGAGGAGCUGGUUAAGAAAAUCGGUCCACACACCAAGAUGUACUUGGCCCGUGAAAAGAACACCGGUCUCUGCAAGGGAUUCGCCUAUGUGCACUUCAAGUUCCGCCAGGAUGCAGCCGCUGCCAUUGAAAUCCUCAAUGGCCAUGGCUACGACCACUUGAUUCUGUGCGUCGAGUGGUCCAAGCCCCAGCCCUAAAGAUUCUAGCCUUGCUCGAUUCUCUGCUUUAAUUUAUGAACGGAAAUGAGCCCUUGACGUAGAGAAAUCAAAAUAAAAUACAUGAGCACUUAGAGAAAAA